CCCUCACUUCACCCAGCUCUCCAGCUGAUCCUCGUCUCCACCCCCCACCAGUCCGGCAAAAAAAGCCAGAGCAGCGUUUGCGCCAUGAGCAAGUCGUACUCCUCGUCCUCCUCCGCCCAGACGGCCUCCUCGUACCGCCGGACGUUCGGCUCCGGCGUGGGCUCCGCCCCGAACCUGUUCUCCGGUCGCCACGGCAGCCACGGCAGCCACGGCGCGUCCCACUCCACCCGCGUCUACGAGGUCACCAAGUCGUCGGCCGGCGGCGGCGGCGGGGUGUACUCCAGCUUCCGCGGGGGCGGCGGGGGCGGCGGCUUCGGCGGGGGCUCGGUGAUGGUGCGCUCCUACGGCGGCGCGGGCGAGAAGCUGGACUUCAGCCUGGCCGACGCCAUGAACCAGGACUUCCUGCACACGCGCACCAACGAGAAGGCCGAGCUGCAGCACCUGAACGACCGCUUCGCCACCUACAUCGAGAAGGUGCGCUUCCUGGAGCAGCAGAACCAGGCGCUGAUGGUGGAGAUCGAGCGGCUGCGCGGCCGCGAGCCCACGCGCAUCGCAGACAUGUACGAGCAGGAGAUGCAGGACCUGCGCCGCCAGGUGGAGGCGCUGACCAACCAGAGGGCCCGGGUGGAGGUGGAGAGGGACAACCUGGCCGACGACCUGCAGAAACUCAAACUCAGGUUGCAGGAGGAGAUUCAGCAGAAGGAGGAGGCGGAGAACAACCUGUCUGCUUUCAGAGCUGAUGUGGACGCUGCCACACUGGCCAGACUGGACCUGGAGAGACGCAUCGAGACCCUGCAGGAAGAGAUCGCCUUCCUCAAGAAGAUCCACGAGGAGGAGAUCCGCGAGCUGCAGAACCAGAUGCAGGAGUCCCAGGUCCAGGUCCAGAUGGACAUGUCCAAGCCCGACCUUACGGCCGCCCUGCGGGACAUCCGCGUGCAGUACGAGGGCAUCGCCGCCAAGAACAUCGCCGAGGCUGAGGACUGGUACAAGUCCAAGGUGACAGAUCUGAACCAGGCCGUGUCCAAGAACCACGAUGCUCUGCGACAUGCCAAGCAGGAGACCAUGGAGUUCCGCCACCAGAUCCAGUCCUACACCUGCGAGAUCGACUCGCUCAAGGGGACCAACGAGUCUCUGAUGAGACAGAUGAGGGAACUGGAGGAGCGCUUCGGCAGUGAGGCCACCGGCUACCAGGACAGCAUCGGCCGUCUGGAGAGCGAGAUCGCCAACAUGAAGGACGAGAUGGCCAGGCACCUGCGCGAGUACCAGGACCUGCUCAACGUCAAGAUGGCGCUGGACGUGGAGAUCGCCACCUACAGGAAGCUCCUGGAGGGAGAGGAGAGCCGGAUCACACUCCCUGCACAGUCCUACUCCUCUAUAAGCUUCCGUGAAUCCAGUGCAGACAGCAGCCAGCGCAUACCUGAAGUCCAGUCCAAAAAGACAGUCAUGAUCAAGACCAUUGAGACCCGUGAUGGAGAGGUAGUCAGUGAAUCAACACAGCACCAAGAAGACAUCAUCUAAGCGCAAAGCGAAAAAAGACGAAAAGACAAAAUAAACGAAAAACAGGACAUUACCAAUGCCACUGGUGGCUCUUAGUUUUUGUAAAGGACAGACACACUGUUUUUAAUGCAUGCAACUACACCACGUACACCGAUGAACCGUUUAAAAAACACAGAAGAAGAAUACAGGAAGAGAGAAGGAGCUACAGAACCCCAGGAAGUGAACCCCGCAGUGUCCAGGAAGAAAAGCUAAAGUGUCACAGUUGGAGCUCUAGUGAGCGAGUACUGUAUGUGUGUUGGUGCCUCGGAAUGUGGAAAAAGGUGUUUCAAAAGAGGAGAAUCUCUAAUAAAGUCCAACAGUCAUAACAGAUGAAAUAACUUUUUUUUAUUUUAUUUUAUUAUAUUUUAUUCUUCAUGGGCCUCCUCCAGAGGGGGAAAAUCUGAACCAAAAUGGAGAUUCUGGAAAGUCUCUUCUUUGAUCUUUACAUAAACAAUUUAUUGUUGCGUAGCGUCAACUGAUUCGGUAUCCUCCUGCCAUUUCUUCAGCUGAUUAAACUGUGGUGAAUUUAA